UUUGCAGUGGUAGAGAAGAACGUGAACGUCAUUUUUACAAUGGCGGAGGCUGGGUGAAGAGGAGAGUGUGUGGAAAGCGACGUCGUAAUCGUCAGAGCUACAAAGACUUUACCGAGCGUAAGGUGCCCCAAAAUGGCCCUGAACCCCAAGGCUGCGGGAAAAGGGGACUCAGAAUGCGCAGAGACAGGCGAGCCGCUCUCGGAGGGCGGCGAAGCCGACAAAAAAUCAGCCGCCACUUCGGCCACAGCCAACCAAAAUGGCGAUCAGCCUGGAUGCAGAGACGGUGUAAUGCCCGAACAAGAAGCCACAGAACGGCGAAGGAGCGUGCUGGCGGACGGCCGGGGCUCCAGCAGCUCUCCCUUGUCGGCGUCGAAAUCGAGCGAAGAGUUGCCACGGAAAAACUUCCAGAUUCCGAGGAAGACGAGAGAACGGAAAGGUCUGUACCAGUUUUUGCCCCCCGAAAGUCGGGAGUUCGAGGACCUUGUGAAACUCAUCUCUUCCUUUUACUUGGACGCAUCAUCCCGCGGAACCUUCUCCUACUGUAAGGCCAGGCUGAUUCACAACGAGCUGCUUGAGAAGGAGUUCAUUGAGAAGAGGCGAGAAAUGAAGCAGGAGGGGCGAGCUGAACAAGAGCUUGCGGAGUCGUACUGCUUCCUUUUUCCAGACAAAUCAAAGCUCCAGUGGAUCUGUGAGAAGGGGCUGUCAGUAGGACACUGCAGGAUUACAACAUUAGGAAAUCCAUCAGUGGGUGUUUAUCUCUCUAAAUACUCAGAUUUAUUACAAAUAAAUCCCUUCGAAGUCGGUUCGUUUGGAGAUAUGAUCAUCUUUAAAGUUAUGAGGGGGCGAAUAAAGCACAUACACGAGAACAUGCCUAAGAACGCCAUCGAAUCUUCACCUAAGUUCGACUGUCACUUGUCCAAAAGUGCCAACAGGGUCACAUCUUUGCUGUCAUAUAGAGCUUUUGAGCUCACGCAGCAAUAUUUUUUCGAGUUUGCAUUCGAUGAGAUAAAAGCGCGGCCCAGGCAUGUGUGCCCCUACGCCGUGGUUUCCUUUCAGUACAAAGGCAAGGAGGUUGCAGCAUCUCCUAUGACUGCACACAGGUUCAACACUAUUUCCCCUGAAGGAAGUAGAGGAAAGAGCUGCUACACUGUGUGGAGCGGCCCACUGGUGAACAAGGGCCAGGAGUUAUUCCCAGUCUGUUUGCGGUCCUUUUCACGUCCCUACCUUCCUUUCAAGCUGCGUGAGAAGUUAGAAAUGAAUCAAGGCAUGCAGCUGGACCAGGUGAAGAGGAAGAUUCCCCCUUUUUUGUUUUCCUGGGACACCUACAGCAUAUCACGGGAAGUGAUGAAGUGUGGGAUGUCCUGCAGCCUGUUUGAGGUGGUGGAAGGAAAAGGUAAAGCAACCAGCGGCAGCCUGGCAGCACUGAUCAACAAACUGGAGAGGGACCGAAUGGUGCUGGUGAAGUCCUUGUUUGACAAGGGUUUCCUCUUCCUGCUGUCCUCAGCUCAGAUGCUCGAGUCAAAAGAUCGGCGGGGGCGGAUGGAGAAGAAGCUACAAGCAUUAUUCAUCUUUCAGGAGCCGAGGAUGGUUGUCAAGUACUCUUCGAGAGUGUUGGAGCCAGAGACACUGACGGUGGAGCCCCAGCCGACUUUCCUGUCCUCUAUGGAGCCUUUUAUUCCUGCACUACAUUAUGCCUUGUUUAAGCUGCGUCCUAACCCGGGCAAGGAGCUGAGUCUUGGGGUGGAACGCCAAUCCACAGAUUACCUAACGCGCAUGGACUCGGGAACGGUGCGGCCUUUCGUUCUGCCCGACUACAAGAACAGUUUUGACGAAAGGGCGAGCACUCAUUCGGUGCCUAGACCCAAAUUUAACAUGGACUCAGUGCUACGGUCUUACGUCCACAACUCUGCUAACUACGUUUUACCUCUGGGCAAGGCACGGGACAUAAUGGAACGAAUAAGGAACCCUGCCCCCAUACCUCCAUCCGCACCUGUUCCUGUUUGUGCUCCUCUUUCUGCCCCAGUGGAAUACAGCCCUGUUUCUGACUGGGGGGGCUCAGACAGAGGCUCGGACAGAGCAGAAAGGGUCUCUCUCGACAGGCUCGCCCAGGAGACAGCACCUCCUGAAAGCAGCAAACGAAGGCAAGACCUGGCGCAUUCAAACGGCGCCCAGCUGCAGCCCAAGUCCCACAUCGACCCCCAGCCUCAGAAGGCACGGCUGUCCCAGAGCGAGUACGAUCAAGACAAGAUGAAACAGCUGCUUAAGCUGAUCCAGCUACAUAAGAAAACCCUGGUUCAGGAUCCUGGGAAGGAUCGGGGAGAGGAUGGAAGCUGGGACGCCAACAGCCUGAAAAGGAAAUUUGAAGGCGACGUUGGGGGAGGCAUGAACAAACACCAACGCACAGAUCAUCUGAGCAAUGGGGAACCCAGUAGAGCAGGCCAGACGGAGAGCGUUGGAGACGAGGCUGGCCAGAGAGACAGCUUGACAGCAGUGAUGGAAAGCAUGGGCAUCUACGACACGGACCUGAGGAACCGUGGCGGCACUGACCCCUCGACAGCCGGUGAGACCCAGCGCCUCCUCAAAAUCCUCCUGGCCACGCUCAACAAAGCCAUGGCUCAAAGCUCCAUGUCUGUGCUGGCAAACCACGGCGAAUCGUCAACCAGUUCGGGAAUGAUGGACUCCAUCUUCUCCGACUCAGCUGCUGGGAUGCAAAUUGAGACGGCUCCACAGACAAAUUACACAGAGGAGGACAUGGACUGUAGUCCUGGGAGUCCAUUCAGCAUGGGUUCCCCACCGCAGGCAGCACAGCCCUCAGAUAUCAUAUCUGGGGAUAUUCCUGUCUUUGAAGACAAAGCUCAGCCUCUUGCUGAGUCCAAGCCGGAACCAGAGCCCUCCCCGGCGGAAGAAACCAGCCAAGAACCCGGGACGCCUGCUGCUUUGGAAGUAAAAAAUCCUGCUGCUUUAAUGGUUGGAGAUGAAGUUCCCUUCCGGCCCUCCAUCAGCCUGGACACUAUAGUAAACCAGGAGAUCCACAGCCUCGCCUCUGACAUUAAAAAUAUCAUGCAGACUCAGCGCAUCAGCUAUACCUCGCAGCCUUCCCCACGGCUGUCCCUACAUCACUGCUGGCUGCCCAGCAGCUGCUUCUCAGACUAUGUUGUUCCCUACGCCCCCCCUGUCUCUGUCGAGGGGCACGUCGAAGCACUAUGCGAAAAGAUGGACAAGUUGAUCCCCGCUCCACCUGCUUCCCCCAAGGCCACCUCUCCACCUCCCCCUGUGACAACAUCUAGUCUUACAGCCCCACCCCCUGCGACCAUCCAGGCUUCCAAAACUAAAGCAGAACCCGUUGUUUCAAAGACCGCCGCUUCCUCUGACGGUGGUAAAACGAGCUGCAGCAGCAAUGAGACAACAUCUGUCAAGGCUAAAAUGGAAGCGUCAUCGCCAGAACCCGGGGGAGGGCUUUAUUCUCCCUCUCAUGCCACGGCAAACUCUCCAGAACUAAACUCCCGGUUGGCCUGUGCUGCUCCCAACGGCGGGUCAAACCUGCUCACCGGAAGCCUCAUCGGGCAGCUAAAACCCGAGGUUUUUACCAGCUUAGUGGAGAUCUUCAAGGACGUCACUAAGAAUACGGUUAAAUUUUACAUUUACUCUGGGGAAGAAGGCGAGGACAGCGCUGUUUGCAAGGAGAUUAAGGAGUACUUGAAAAGUCUCGGCAACAGUGAAUGCAGCCCUCAGACAUUUCUAGAAAACAGUGGAAGCUUGGAUAAGCUCCUCAUCAUCAUCAGGAACGAGGACAUCGCUGCACAUGUGCACAAGAUUCCAGCUCUGGUGUCCCUGAAGAAGCUGCCCUCAGUAAGCUUUGCUGGAGUGGACUCUCUGGACGAUGUCAAAAACCACACGUACAACGAGCUGUUUGUGUCCGGAGGCUUCAUGGUGUCUGACGAGUUCGUCCUCAACCCUGAUCUCAUCACACAGGAUCGUUUGCAGGGGCUGCUCAAGUUCUUGGAGGAACAGAGCACACCUGAACAUCCCUGGCAAUGGAAGGUCCACUGCAAGUCCCAGAAGAAGCUUAAAGAACUGGGCAGGUUAAAUGCCAACGCUAUGGGGCUCUUGAACCUUUUAGCAACUUACCAGAAGAAACACCUGGUGGAGUUUCUCCCGUAUCACGAGUGUGACAACCAGUCGCGUCAAGCUCCGGAUCUGGAAUGCCUGAUCAAGCUUCAAGCUCAGCACACACAGCAGCGGCACCUUAUCUUCCUUACAGAGAGGCCAUUUGAAAUGUUCCUGCAGUACUCUAGAAACGGAAUAGUGAUCGCGAGCAUUGACGAUGUUAUGAGCGGUUUUCACAGUCUGAUUGGAUCCAUUAAUCAAAAUGAGCUUCCUACACCACCUUCCACUGUAGUGAAUGAUGAGUGUGUGGAGGUUGAGGACAUGUCAUUAGACUCCGAUGAUGGUGAGCCACCAACCAUGUCAGAUCCCCUAGAACAGGUGGAGGCUCAGUUGAAUCAGCCUGAGCUGCUACCAUCCUCGGAGAAAGAAGACUUUCGCCCACCGCUCCCAGACCUGCAGGCUACCCCUGAUAGAACGUCAACGCUGGCUGAAUGCAGUGCUCUCAAAACGGCCAUCUCCCAGUUCAAAGCCACCAACCAGAUUGGUUUGGCCUGCUCAGACAUCGGCAGCUUGUCACCAGGAGGUUUUCCCGUAAAUACCCACCAGAGUUUUCUGUGCCCUUCUGCCUCCUGGUCGUCCUACAGCGGCUCCUCCAGCUAUGUGGCGUCUCCUGCGUAUCCCGCCUCGCCCUGCAGCAGCACCCAGGAACACGAAUACCGCCCCUCGACCACCACCGCUCCUGCACUUCCAACUCCGCCCGUCAUGGCUGUGGUGGGACCUUUAGCAAACCUGGCUUCCCUACCCUUAGAGGUCAAACCUCCCCCUCCACCUCCCUUUAUGAUGCAGGGACAGACGUAUGGGUCAGACACCGGAGGAGCAGUGUCAGCUGGAGGCUCUCCGCUCGUCAGCGCCCUACCUUACAAAGACCACAGUGACAUAGGGGGCAUUCCUAAAAGUGCUGGUGGGACCCCCACACAGCACGACAGGACACUCAGCGGAUCUAGGGAAAGUGUUUGGGGUGUGACAGGGACGAGCACUUGUGAGACUGCUUGCAGCCAGGGUUCAGUAACGUCUAGGUCAGUGGAUCCCAGCACUGUUCCUAAAAAAGGUGAAAUCCCUGAGAGCAGCACCCAGGGGUGCAGGACUCAGGGAAAUGGUGUUGAAAGCCUUGGAACUCCUGUGGUCAUUCCCCCAGUGUCCACCAGAGGGGGCUCUAUACCCAGACCUAUACUGCUUCCACAUCCAGUGGGGGGUAUGGGUUAUGGCAGUAUAGGUGGCAUUCCUGGACAUAUGGACCAUAGGCCAAUGCGGGGGGCUUUGGUUCCUGGUUCUUUAGGGAACUUCAGAGGCAGAGGAGUCUCUCCAGUAGGAGUCUGGCCUCGGGCAGGUCGAGGACAGGAACUGGGAGAUGGGACUGGAGGUGGGCCCUGCUCUUGGGUUUACCCAUCAGGUAGGGGUGGGCCACAGAAUUACUACACAGACUACACAUACUCGCAUAAUUAUGCCCCUGAAUAGACAAUCAUCAUGAUGAAAGGGGCAAUGCAAACAGCAUAAACCAGAGACAGAACUGGCUGAAUGUAUAUAUUUCCUUGUCAUAAAAGCAUUGAUUUAAAUCGGUAAAUAUGGAUUCUGGUUUUCUACAUUAAUAAAAGUAGAUACAGGCAGUGCCGGGUGUCCUACUGUCGUGAAAACUGUCUGUACACUCUUUCCGUGUGAUCUAUUUGAGACCCUGUUCAAACCACUAUAUUUAUAUUUGCCAACAAAUGUUUAUGGCCUUCCAGCUUCUCAGAAUUUACCACACUAUUUCUGUUUGUUCUGGUUUUGAAACGGUUCGUGAACAAAGGGGGAAACGGCUGAUAUUUUUUUAAGGAAAAACAAAACCAAGUGAAUGAAAUUUCGUUUUUGCUGUUGGGUUUUUUUUAUUUUUUUUUAUUUUACAUAUUUGUUUGUCCAGAAUUCUAUUAAAAAUAAUACAUUUCAAAUCCUGUUUGUGUGAUUGGUUUGCCAGUGUCAAUCAAACCAUUAAAAAAAGGAAAAAUAA